AGAGAAGAAUCCAAUCGAAAAUUCACCUCUGUUGCGAUUCUAGACCCUUCUCCAUGGAAUUUCUUGAAAUAAGCAUCCUGCCAUUGAUAGAGAAAAUAAAGAAGUAUGCUCAUUCCCAAAAAGAAUUGAGCGGCCUGCUGGAAGAUAUUUUGGAAAAAGCAAAGCAGAAUCCUAGAAAUUUCAAGUCGAGAGAGCUUCUGACUCAAAUUUGCAGUGUGGAGGAUACCAUUGACUCCAUCAUUGCUAGAAAAAUGCUGCAGAGACAAAAUAUCUCCAUCGAGAAGAUUCCUGUCAAAUAUUUUUCAAUUGCAAUGAGCACUGUCAAAUUUCCUAACGAGUUGCACAAGCAAACUAAGGGGCUAAAAAUAUUGAAUGAGUCCUUGUCUGCCUCAGUUACAGAAGAGAAGUUAUCGAGCAAAUCAGAUGCCGUAGAGCUUCCAGCAAAGGAGUCCUCUAGUAACACAGUUCCUCAAAAGAAGUCGUCCAGUAACACAGUUCCUCAAAAGAAGUCCUCUAAAGAAGAUGCAGUUUUAUUAAAAAAACCAAGUAUUUCAGGGGGCGGUCUAGUCUCAUCAGGAAACAAAGAUGUUGGGAGGGACAUCAAGGAUUCAGAUGAAAGACAUCAUCAGAGUUGGGAGGAAGGGUGUGUCCCAAUUGUCUUGGAGGAGUUAGUAAGCAAGUUAGCUCAACUUGUACUCCUUAGCAGGCGGAUGAGGCAACUUCUCAUUUUGAAAGCCAAUUUGAAAUACCCGAGCGAUGCAAUUUUCUUGUGGACUUCCUACCAUUCUUCUGUUACUAAACAACAUUUUCAGUUUUGCUCUUGGGUUCGUGUUUCUAAAGAGUCAGGAGAAAGAAAUAUCUUAAGUGAUAUUUUGUCUAUUAAGCAGGAAGAACUCGAGCUGUCAAAUCAGUUACUGAGGAAGCGGCUUCAAGAUUUCUUAGUUUUUGAAAGGUACUUGAUAGUUUUACAUGGUGAACUAAGAGACGAUGUUUGGAACAGUCUCAAAUCUGCUUUUCCCUACUCAUUGAAUGGUAGCCGAGUGCUUCUCAUCUGUAAAGGAAUCACUUCAACCAAUGUUUCAAAGGAAUGGUCAAGCCAACAACUAGGGAAGUCUAAAGAUUAUUUGCUGGAGGAAUCCAGAAUUCUUGGCAUGAAGGAUAUUAUGACUGAGUCAUACCAGUUAAUCUUAAAUCAGUAUAGAUUGUUGUUUCUCAUUUCCAUUGUUGGGGUGGCAAAAUCAGAGAAGACAACUUUUUUGUGUGAUAUGUACAAUGCAGAGGGUAUUAAGCAGCAAUUCCAAUACCGUGCCUGGGUUCGUAUUCCAAAGUUUGAAGAAAAAAACGUUCUAGCUGAUAUUUGGGAACAAGUUACAGAUAACAAGGUAGAAGAAGAAGACCUUGACCUGGUGACACUACAGAAGAAGCUUUGCAAUUUCCUAGCUCCAAAGAGGUACCGUAUAGUUUUAUAUGAUGUUUGGGACAAACUCAAACAAGCCUUUCCCAACUCCAUGAAUGGUAGCCGGAUGAUUCUAACUGUCCAUGAGGCUGAUGUGGCUAGGCAAACCAAUUCUUCUUGGAUCUUGGGAACAGUUUGCGGAAAAGAGUUGCUGCAUGAAAAGGUUUCAAAUCUAAAAGUUGAACAUAGGUGGGGAAGAUUCUCUGAUGUUAAGGCUAAUGAGUCAGGCCUUGUUGGACUGGAUGAUAAAGUUCAGGAAUUAGGUGAACUGCUACUUGAGAGUCAUCAAUUUCUAAUCUCAGUGGUGGGUGUGAAGGGCUCUGGCAAGACAAUGCUUGUGAAGGCAAUUUACAGUAGUUUAGCAAUUAAGCAGCAUUUUGAGUGUCGAGCUUUUGUUUCUGUUUCUCAAGUAUUUGAGGAGAGAAAACUCUUGGCAGACUUAUCAAUGCAGCUGGGAAUGGUGCUGAAGGAUGAGAACUGGUCCGAAAAGGAAUUGCAAAAAAGACUUAGAAGUUUCUUGGCUUGGAAGAGAUACCUAAUAGUUUUAGAUGUCUAUACAGUUGAUGACUAUACAGUUGAUGUCUGUUGGAAAUUGUUUGAAAAGAAGGUACCAACAGUUGUAGAAAAUGCAGAAUUGAUUAAAGCUGUCAAAGAAAAGAUUUUGCAGAGAUGUGGCGGCCUGCCUCUUGAUAUAGUUGUACUUGGAGGUUUGCUGUCUACCAAGCAACUAGACAUCUCAGAAUGGUCUGAAUUCAUUGAUCAAAUCAGUCAAAAGAAAGAAAAAAAGAGGGUAGCAGAUCAGUCAUAUUCUUUCACCCAACAUGAUUCAUCAGAUACCAAGCUGGAAGAGAAAAAUGGUAAGGGGGAGAUUGGGCAAAUAGGUCCAGGUGAAGCUCCACCGAUGCAGGAAGAAGAAAAGGUGAAGCGUGGAGCAACCAAAGAAGAUCAGGAACCUUUGCCAAAUCAAUUGCCUUUAUCAUCAGAUACCAAGCUAAAAGAAGACAGCAGGAUCUUGGAGAGCCAGAAUACUUCUCUUGAUCAAGAUCAAUCAGAUUCCUCAGAUGAAACCCUCUCAGGUAUUUUGGCUUUAGGCUAUCAAGACCUAAAUGGCCAUUUAAAGUUCUGCCUUAAUUAUUUAGGCCUCUUUCCCAAACCAUACAAGGUUCCUUUUAGGAGGUUGUUUCAACUAUUGCAAGCCGAGGGAUUGUUGAAACAAGAAGCAUAUGCAGAAAGUUUUGAAGUGCAGGUGAAGAAAUACAUUGAAGACUUAGAAAAAAGAAACAUGAUUGAGGUAGAAAAACAGAAGUCAAAUGGGAGCCCCAAAACCAUUUGUAUGCAAAGUACUAUAUAUGAUACAUUGUCUCCACAAGCAUUGAGAGCUGGAUUGUUUCACUUUCACUUCAACAAUGAUAAGAAAGAUGCUCCCAAAGAGUACAUCCGAAGACUUGCAGAACACCAAGAGAUCAGCUAUGACAGGCUUCCAGAGCAGAACCGUCAGCUACGUUCUUACAUUUCAUUCAGAACGGAAGAAAGUGAUCUACCUGCAUCCAGAGUAGAUAAACUUCUUAAAGGGAUUGUUAAGGGAGGCUUUGGAUUACUUGUCAUACUUGAUUUGGAAGGAGUCUACCAACCAGUGUUACCUGAACAUCUAGCCAAGUUUCUCGAACUCAAGUAUUUGGGUUUAAGAUGGACUUUUUUGGAUUCAAUUCCAGAUUCAGUUGGUGACUUGCUUAGCCUUGAGACUCUGGACGUGAAGCAUACUAAUAUCAUCACUUUACCUGCUAGAGAUCCUUACUUUAGCGGUGUCAAAACUGUUCGACGACCCAAUGGAAGAACUAGGAAAGCUGGAGAGCCUGAAGGUCCUAAGGCUGCACGCCCAUUCCUACUUGGGGAAAACAAUGCAAUGUGGUCGUGGCAGUUUCCCAAAGCGCAAGUCUUAAAAUUGUGGAUGCUUGAGGAGCUCGAGAAAUGGGAAGUAGAAGAGGGAGCCAUGCCCGUCUUAGAAGAAGUUGAGAUCAGAUGCUGUAAGAAACUCAGUAAUGCUGAUGGAUUGAAGGAGUUGACCACUUUGAAGGAAUUGAUUUUGACAAGUAUGAAUCAGGAUUUUGUGAAGGAGCUUAAAGAAAGACUAGGCAGCAAUGUGUCAGUCAGAGAAAACGACUGGAAAUUUUCUUCUAACUGGCAUAGUAUCUACAAGUGGAAAUCAAAUUCGUGGAGUGAUCUCUGGGUUUCAGCGCGGAUGAGUAUCAUCAUAGUGACUUUACGCUGGCGUCGAAAGCAGGGAUCUCGCCAUGCAUUGCUCUAAUUUCGUUCUCUGUAUAUCUAGUGUGAUAUCGAUUUGGCUCCAAAAUAACCCUGUCAUUAGCACAUGCUUUUCAUUUUUUAGAUUUUUUUUUUUUUGUAUUUUUUUUUGUAUUGUAGUGCUGGAAUAAUGAUUGUUAGAAUCA